UGCGCCCACGGCUCGCCCUCUCUGGCGUUUAAUCACACGGUAGGACACGCGAUCAGACGGAGACUGGCGGCGACAGCGGCCAGGGUGAGUAAAAAACCCGCGCACUGCGCACUACAUGGGCUUCAUCACGCCUGGAACGAGCAGAGGGGACUGUCAUGCGACCGCACUGGACAGAGUAGCCCUUCUGAUGUGAAAUGGGUUGUUCUUGACAAGACCACCUGAGCUGACCAAUCAGGGAGCAGACAAAGUGAAAGAGGAGAAGAAACCACCGGAGUUCCCACAUUGGAGCAGCUUUGCAGUCUAAUCUACUUUUAUCUGACAAAAUCUGCCAAAGGACGUUUUGGAAACACUCUCAGGUCAUCAAGCACAGACUUUUAAAUCCACGGAGCUAAAAACAGAAAAACAAAAAAGCCAACCGCUGGCUCUCACAAGGGGACAGAUUUUUAAGUAAAGGCACGGCAGGAGAGGGGGAGGGUUGCAUGGGUGCCCAAUCUCCAACCAAGCCCCACAGCAUCUCCUCAGUCUGCAGCCACUUCCUACCUCCUCUUCCUCCUUUCAUUUCUUCCACCUCUUCUUUCCUCUCAUUCUCCCUCUUUCUCUCUCAUGGGAGUGACAUAGAGGCCGUUUCUUGGUCUUCUGCCCCGCCCCUUCUCCGCCUCACCGUGGAAACAGAGACACCCAGGUAGUGAUGUCGUGGAAGAGAAACUACUUUGCUUCGGGUGGCGGAGCGGCUGGCGGGGUGCAGGGUCUGGUGACCCCGAGAACCAUGACCUCCAUUGCACCCAGCAAAGGCUUGAGCAACGAGCCGGGACAGAACAGCUGCUUCCUCAACAGUGCUCUACAGGUGUUGUGGCAUCUUGACAUCUUCCGCAGAAGCUUUCGACAGCUGACCACUCACAAGUGCAUGGCGGACUCUUGCAUCUUCUGUGCUUUAAAGAAUAUCUUUGCUCAGUUCCAGUUCAGCAGCGAGCGGGUUCUGCCAUCAGAUGCACUGCGAAGCGCUUUGGCCAAGACUUUCCAAGACGAACAACGUUUUCAGCUGGGCAUCAUGGACGACGCUGCUGAGUGCUUUGAGAAUCUCCUGAUGCGUAUCCACUUCCACAUCAGCGCAGAGAGCAGAGAGGACAUCUGCACAGCCAAACACUGCAUACCACACCAGAAGUUUGCCAUGACUCUGUUUGAACAGUGUGUGUGUAACAGCUGUGGAGCCACAUCAGACCCCCUGCCCUUCAUUCAGAUGGUUCAUUACAUCUCCACAACAUCCCUCUGUAACCAGGCAGUGAGGAUGCUGGAAUGCAGAGAGAAACCAACACCAGACAUGUUUGGAGAACUCCUCCGCAACGCCAGCAACAUGGGAGACCUGCGCAACUGCCCUAGUAACUGUGGGGAAAUGUUGCGUAUCCGCCGGGUGCUGAUGAACUCACCGGAGAUUGUGUCCAUCGGGCUGGUGUGGGAUUCAGACCACUCUGACCUUGCGGAGGAUGUCAUACACAGCCUGGGAACCUGCCUGCGUCUGGGAGAUUUGUUCUACCGUGUGACAGAGGAGAGGGCUCGCCAGGCGGAGCUCUACUUGGUGGGCAUGGUGUGCUACUACGGCAAGCACUACUCCACCUUCUUCUUCCAGACCAAGAUACGCAAGUGGAUGUACUUCGACGACGCCCACGUCAAAGAGAUCGGCCCAAAGUGGAAGGACGUAGUGUCUCGCUGUAUCAAAGGCCACUAUCAGCCCCUGCUUCUGCUCUACGCUGACCCCCGUGGGACGCCGGUGAUACUGCAGGACAGCCCCAACCCUUGUACCAGCUCCAACCCGCAGCUGGAGCUCCAGCACUGCAGCAGCAAAGCUGGUUACGACAGCGAAGACUCGGGUCGGGAGCCAUCAAUAUCUAGUGAUACUCGAACCGACUCUUCAACAGACAGCUGCAGCCACCGCACUUCUCGCAGCCGACCCCUGCACCAGUCCACGGGCAGCCACCUCUCCAGCGAAUCCCAGACCACAGUGGUCUGUAAUUACGACAUUGGCACACCGCCGCUUGGUGCUGACGCUGGAGAGUCAGCAGUGGAGGGUCCUCCCCGCCCUCCCUCCCCUCCCCUGCAGGAGUACAAGGAGACGGCCGUCUUCCUCCUCUCCUCCCACAGGCCUCUCACCUCUUCCUCCUCCUCCUCUCGACCCCUGUCCUCCUCGUCUUCGUCAGGAGUUGGGGGCUGCGAGGGUGGGGUUGGAGGGCCCCACUGGGAGGAUGAAAGCACGAGCAGUGAGAGCAAGUCAAGUUCUUCUGGAAGCCGUUACCGGCCAACCUGGAGACCCAGGAGAGAGGCCCUGAACAUCGACAGCAUCUUCACCCGACAAAGAGACACCUCUCUGGGCUACAACACUGUACCCGGCCCCCCUCUCCUUCCGGAGUCCCAGAACUCCCUCCCCUCGGUGGGACCCGUUCCACAGCCAGAACUGCAAGAAAUAGGAGGGAGGGAAGUAGGGGUCUUGGAGGUGGGUUUUGGGCUGGUCGGGCAGCCCAGGUCUCUGGGCAGUGGGCGGACGAUGGGUCCCCCUGCUCCUCCACCUCUUAGAGGGGUGGAGCACCAGCCACGUCUCAUUCAGAGGAUGGAAAGUGGCUACGAAAGCAGUGAGAGAAACAGCAGCAGCCCCGACAGGGAGGUGGGGCAACAAAAACGGGUGCUGAUGUCAGGACCAUCAUGGCGUUCAGUGCCCAAGUCAAAAAGCAGCAGUGCCAUCCUGCAGGAGCUGCCCUCACCCAGCUGGGGUGGCGGCACCAACAUGGGGCGCAGUGAGCUGGAUGAGCUGCAAGAGGAGGUGGCUAGGAGAGCCCGCCAGCAGGAGCAGCAGAAACGGAAGGAGGCGGAAAGGGAGGCGGCAAUGGGAUUCAACCCCAAACCCAGCAAAUUCAUGGACCUGGACCAGCUUCAACACCAGGCUGUGCUCAGACCCCUGCAUGAGGCUAACGCUCAUAGCGGAUUGGCUGUAGCCGCGUGCAUGAGGAGCACUGGUGACCCAAUGAAACGCAGACAGGAACAAGAAAUGGAACCGGAGGCAGGAAGCGCCCACCCACAGGGGCCUCACAGUGAACAGCCUGGCUCGGUCCAAGUACUGCUGACACCCAAUCAGGAGGAGGAAGAGGACCAGGCAACGCCCAGCCAGGACGCUGCUUUGGACCGGGACCCACCCCCACCCCCCUACUGGCCUGCUCCCCCUCGACCCACGCUCACCCUCAGUAUCGCUCACCCAUGUGGUCCUUCCACCCAAGGGGAGGAAGAGGGUGUGUGCAUGGAGAGGAGAGGGGAGCAAGGCAAGGAUGGGAGGGAGGGGACGGGGGUGAGGCUUUGCGAGUUGCUGCAGGCAGGGGGGGUGAGUGUCAGACCCCUGGGAAAGCACUUAGCCAUUUCUCUCCCCUCGCUUCCUCUGCGUCUCUGGGAUUCUCACAUCACACAGACCUCACAGUCUACACACCUUGAAUCUGCAAACACUCCACCUCCACCCUCCGCUCCUCCCCCACCCCACCCCCCGGAAAUGUCUGGGCAAAGGAAACCUCUCACACCGCUCUGGCAGCCACCCCAGCCCCAUUCCCCCAAUGGUGGGGCUCAUUAUUGGCAACAGCAGGGAGCCGAUGCAGACAGCAACACACGUCAUUGGUCUUCCUGGAGUUUGGACCGCCCCGACGCUGUGGUGACACCGUAUGACACGCCCCCGGACCGCUGUGUUCCCAUCAGGCCGCAGAUGUCGAGUCAGAACUACAGCUACAGUUGCCAGUCUUCUCCAGGGCACUACAGCUCCCAGCAUGCCCCAGGGCGGCAGAGUGAUCCCUGCUGUGACCGCGAAGAGGCCGAGCUGUCUGAGCUUGACUCCCUUUAUCAGGCCAGUCUGCUGGCUGGGAAGACAGUUUCAGGCUGCAGUCCAUCAGAGAGGCUCAUAUCCAGGGUGGGAGGACAGGCUCGCUCCAAGACCCCCAACGCAGACAUGGAGAGGAGUGUGUACGGGGCAGACUGCACCAACACCCCCACCUACCUCAACAAGCCAAUGAUGUUGCGGGAUCUGCGUUUCGGGGUGGAGCCUGAUGAUGGGGAGAACCAGAGGCGAAUAGGACGCAGCCUGAGCGGCACAGUGGUGACCUCGCGCCGCAGCCGCCUGACUGCAACCCGCAGCCUUGAGCUGUCGGGCGGUGCAAGAAGUUUCUGGCUGUGUCUGACGGGGGUCAAGCUGUCCUCAGACCAGAGUCCUGCUCUGCUUCACUAACGUCUCACCGCGUCCACCUAUACAUGAGGGCAACAGCGCCGGGGUCCUCGACAACCGGGGUCCUUGCUUUGACAGACCAGGAAUUGGCACGGGAGAAUCAACCUGACACCCAUCCUGUGCCUCCUCCUCCUCCACACAGAAACACAUGCACGCACACGCACAUCAGCACUGACGUAGAACCUCCCUCAGCACCUACAGCACCUUGCUUAGCCCCUUCCUUUGCCUUCCUCCUUCCCGCCUCCCUUUUUGAUCCACUACUCUGUCUAUGCAGUCACUCUGACCUCCCCUAACUACAACCUCAACCUUACUUCCCCCCUACUUACCAGGGACUGUUGUUUCUUGUCCCCCCCUUGGGUUUUUAGAUGGUUUUCCUGUGUAGUCAGCUUGGUCUGAAUGAGACCAGCAAACUCGUUCUCCACCCCACAGGACCCUAAGCUCAGGGGGAGACGCUUACCAAGUAGCCACGCCUUUUCCUCUUUCUUCAUGGGCAUUUCCUGUUGGACACACUUGUAGCUGAACUGAGUCUGUCUCAGAUGGACAGCCAUAUUUUUCUCUUUCCUUUUGUUGGGUUUUGUCGUGUUUUUCCUCCUGUGUGUGCACACAGUAAAUCCACCAAGACUGAACUCUAAUACCUAAAAAGUCAUGUACAGAAAAACUCAUGUAUGAAACCUGUAUGUUAAUUAAUAAGACCUUAUGGAAUGUUGAUAAUGAUAAUUAACAAAUAUUGAUAAACUAAAAGUGGUACUUCCUCAUGUCUGCAUUUCAAAUAGGAGUGGAGUGCACUUCACAAGUGUCCAGCUGGAUUUUCUGUCCCCCCCCUCCUCCAAAACCGCUCGCUGACCUAAUGACAGUUCUCCCGUUUCUACCGGGAGAUUAAACAAGAAAAGCGCUUCCUUUAUUUUUUCUCUGCUGCCUUUCCUCGUUCUUUUCUUUCCACCAGUCUUUUAUUCUUGCUUGCUUUCUUUGUUUAGAACGGAAAAACAAAACAAAACAAGAAAAAAAACAAACAAAAAAAACAAACAAAAAAAUGGUAGCACCACGAACAGGCCAGCAGGGGAAGAAAGUGGAGAAGGAAUGUGAGAAUGUAGGUUAGGAAACCCAUCUCUUAGGCUUUUAACAAUGAAAGCAGAUGACUCAAGUGCACUUUACAGGGGCUGCUCGGCAGAAGUGCACUUUCCGAAAGGCUGUUUGACCGCGAAGCAGGUGGUGAGAAGUCGAUGGUGUCUGUUUUACUUCAAGGCCUCAGGUGAACUUUAGUGGCACUUAUGAAUUCACGGUUUUAUGGUUUCUCUCACUCUCUGAAGCUGGUCUUGAGACCCAGAUGUGAACAGAAAAAUGCUAAUCUUUAGCCUGAGACAAAGUCAUGUUUAAUAUAAAUAUGCUUUAUAUGAUAAAUACAUAUUUUCAUAUAAGUAUAUUUUCAGCCAGUGAGCUGUCUUUAGAGAUGUCAACCACUCACUUUGGUUGAAUGAACCGUUAUUAUACCGUUUAGACUUAAUUCUCUCCCCCUGCACAUGAGUAGCAGUCUGACAUGGAGUAUAUUUAUUUUAUGCUUUAUUCUAUACAUAUUAACAAAACCCUUAUUAAACAACUGGCCAAUGUAAAGUUUUUCAAGAGUUUACUGAUGUUGAUUGACCGUUGUAACUAAACCAAAGGUUGGCACUUACUUUUUUUUUUCUCAUUUAAGUUCAUAAUAUGUUAAUAGUUUUGUUAUUUGGGUUCUGGAUGUGGGAGAAUGUAGCCAACUGUAGCGCAUGAGUCUGCUAUGCAAAUCAACCUUCCCUCACACUCCUGUAUCAGAGACAGUCAGGAGGCAGACACACCCACUCGCGGGCGCUCCAAUGGACUCUGGCAGAGACAGGAGGAUGAGGAAGAUGAGGAGAUCUCAUGUUUAAUGCUGCUCGUGAACUUUGUCGUUCUGCAUCUACUGCUAUGUUGCAACCAAUGGAAUGCAAAAAGAGAGCAACGAUUCAGAGGGAGAAACAGAGCGAAUGAAUGUAAACUAAAAGAUAAAAGUGUGUGUUUUUGAAUGAUGCAAAGGGCAAAGAAGAAGGGUGAAUAACAGAUGAAGAUGGACUUUUUUUUUGUGGGUGUGCGUAGACUUGAGUGUGUGUCAGUUUUGGGGUGGUGUUGCUUGGGGAAAGAGGGAACCUGUAUUUUUGCAAUAAAGUUAUUACCAAUGCACUCCCACAGGGGGCGUAACCACUGUAA